GCUUUCACGUUGACUUCAAACGCGCCAAAGCCAGCCAGCCAACUCAAUCCGGGAUCGAUUCUAGGAGGUGUGCAGCAAAGUCAGGUGCCUUUCGUACGACCUUUCAAGGGAGCCCUGCGAGAGGAGCAGCAUGUCUGAGAAAUUCGAGCUGCACACCGUUCCCUUUGACCCCAGGUUCCCGAACACCAAUCAAACGAGGAACUGCUGGCAAAACUAUGUCGACUUCCACCGCUGCGAAAAAGUGAAGGGCAAGGACUAUGAGCCGUGCAAGUACUUCCAGCGAGUCUACAAAGCGCUCUGCCCCAACGCCUGGAUCGAGAAGUGGGAUGAGCAGAUAGCAAACGACUGCUUUGCCGGCAAGAUCUGAAGAGGUCCUUCGGAACAUGGGCCUCGUUGUGAUGAUGUAGAGUUGCAAACUUUCAAUAACACAGUUCAGGUGGACCA